CCAGUACACAUCACUCGCUUGCUUCUCUCUUUCUUCUCUGCACUCUGCUCUCUCUCUCUCUCCCUCCUCCUCUUCUGUGGUGCUGUCAUUAAAUCUAUCUCAAACUUGAUCUCUCCAUAACUAAUUUCGCUUGUUCGUCCCUUUGGAAAAUGUGAGGGGAAGCUUCUUAGGCAUGGCAGGAAAUGGCGGACGAAGCAACGGGGCAUCUAUCAACGCUGCUGCGACGGCUGUCGGCUCCGCUGAGGCUAGGUUCCCCCAGCCGGAACGGCGGAGGAGAUGGGGAGGCUGUUGGGGAGGGCUGUCAUGCUUUGGAUCAAAAAAAGGUGGAGGGCGUAUUGUUCCUCGUAUUCCAGAGGGGAACACAUUGAUAAAUCGGGCAAAUGGACCUCAACCCAUUGGACUGACUAACCAAGCUACGACAAUUACUCCAUCCCUUCUAGCUCCGCCAUCUUCACCGGCAUCCUUCACAAAUUCUGCUCUUCCUUCAACUGCCCAAUCACCCAGUUGCUUCUUGUCCAUGUCAGCCAACUCACCUGGUGGGCCUUCGUCAACUAUGUUUGCCACAGGGCCAUAUGCACACGAGACGCAAUUGGUCUCUCCCCCUGUUUUCUCUACCUUUACAACUGAGCCAUCUACUGCUCCUCUUACUCCUCCACCAGAGUUGGCCCACCUUACUACUCCUUCAUCCCCUGAUGUACCUUUUGCUCAGUUCCUUUCAUCUUCUGUGGAUAUCAAAAAUGCUGGCAAGUCGAAUUAUGCUGCUGCAAAUGAUCUUCAAGCGACGUAUCCACUUUAUCCUGAAAGUCCUGCAAGUAGUCUCAUUUCACCUAUUUCAGGAACCUCUGCUGAUGGUGUGUCCUUGUCCUUUCCUGAGCAGGAGUUCCCUGCACAGUGGGGUUCUUCAAUUUCAGUGCAAGAUUCUCAAUAUCCUCAGAAUGGGUCAUCUAGGCUCUUUGGACUUGGCACAGCCACUUCCAAAAAUUUCAUGCUAUCUCAAGAUUCGAGUUUCUUCUGCCCUGCUACUUCUGCACAGUUCUAUCUGGACCAGGCCCAACAGUCACUUCCUUCAUAUCCUCAUAGUGGAGGGAGACUAUCUCUUUCCAGGGAAGCAGAAGUCUACUCCAGUGGUGGAAAUGGACAGCAGAACAGGCACAAUAAAAAUUGCAAGACAGAUGUGGAGGAAAUCGAAGCUUACAGAGCAUCCUUUGGGUUCAGUGCAGAUGAAAUUAUUGCCACGCCUCAGUAUGUGGAGAUUUCUGAUGUAAUGGAUGACUCAUUUACCAUGACUCCCUUUGCAUCUUCUAACAAAUCAUUCAUGGAAGAAAACAUGGAUCCUGUGUUGCCAAAUGAACAGGCAGCCCAGAUGGAUUUGCUGAAUUACAAAGGUCUAAAAUUUGUGGCAGAUCAUGUCAGCAUGGCAGUACAUGGUGAAAUACGGGGCAAUUCAUGCAAUGGAUGUGCAGAUAAUAAAUCAUGGAACCAGAGUGAGGAUGUUUCUGAGCCAAAUGAACCCGGUGACCAUGCAUUUACUGAUGGAGAGGACAUCUCAAAGAUGGGGGACUCCAAAAUCAGCAAAAGGUAUCGGGUGGGGUUAUCAAGCUCUGACGCAGAAAUUGACUACAGAAGAGCAAGAAGUACUAGAGAAGGCAAAGGGAAUUUUGCUUUCUGUGACUAAUAAUCACAGUUAAUCGACAACACACCCCCCCCCCCCAACCCAAAACCUUCCACAAAAAAAAGGUAAUGAAAGAAAAGGCGGGGUGGUGGGUUGCCAUUGUACUAAUUUUAUGCAUGCUUCCUGUAUCGCUCAUUUGCUGUAUCAGUUUGGGGCUUUUAUCUUAUGGGUGGAAGGAUCUAACUCGAUCUCUUUCCUUCUGUUCCCCCUCUUCCUUCUUUAAAUGUAUUUCCAGUGCUGUUUCUUGGUUUUUUCUGUUAUAUGUGAUGAAUACCGUUUCUAAUUUCUUAUAUAGAUGAGGGUGUGACUGUUUUCAUCACAAAGC